AUGCCGCAGGAUUUUUCAGAAGUGCGGUCAGCUUGCCCUAUUUGGCACAAACUGAAGAAGUCAGAAGCUGACUCUAGAGUGGAAGCGGGCAGUGAAGCCUCGCUGCCAGGAACCUGGCCAGGGAGCAGCUCCUCAGCCCUGCGGCAGUGCCCGGAGCCGGCACUGGCGGUUCUGCGCUCUGGCUGCAGAUAUAUGGUGCUGGUGCCACUUCACAUGCAGGAACCACUGCACCCCUUGCUGGAAGUGCACCUAUGGGGAAAGGUACACGUGAGUGACCGUGCCCCUGCCCCUCUCCUUGGGGAUGCAGCCCAGAUCCCAGGCACAGCUGUCGGCGUGGGACAGCUUCAGGAGCACCUCUGCACGGGGAUUGAAGGAUUCAGCGCGUUGUUCGGCAGCGCCAAGCUGAGCUGCGGCCCGGUUCUUGCCCGUCGGCUGCCGCCGGGGAGUUGGGCUCCCCCGGAGGGGGAGCGGGAGGAAGGCAGCCGUGCCGUGCAGGGGUGCCGAGCACGCCCGGCAGGCAGCGGGGGUCGGCGUGCCCGCACCGGCUCCGAGGGACUCGGUUCGGACGGGCAAGAGCGCAGCGCGGCGCCCGCGAACUUCGGGAAGGGGCUGCCGGUCCCGCUGCUGCUGGGGCUGCCGCUGCUGCUGGGGCUGCCGGCGGCGGGGCGCGCCGCCUCCAAGGCGCCGGUGUGCCAGGAGAUCACGGUGCCGAUGUGCAAGGGCAUCGGCUACAACCUCACCUACAUGCCCAACCAGUUCAACCACGAUACGCAGGACGAGGCCGGGCUGGAGGUGCACCAGUUCUGGCCGCUGGUGGAGAUCCAGUGCUCCCCGGACCUGCGCUUCUUCCUCUGCAGCAUGUACACCCCCAUCUGCCUGCCCGACUACACCAAGCCGCUGCCCCCCUGCCGCUCCGUCUGCGAGCGGGCCAAGGCGGGCUGCUCGCCCAUCAUGCAGCAGUAUGGCUUUGCCUGGCCCGAGAGGAUGAGCUGCGACAGCCUGCCCGUGCUGGGGGACGCCGAGGAGCUGUGCAUGGGCUACAACCGCACGGAGGCCACCACCCUGCCGCCAUUCUUCGGGAAGCCCACGCGCCCGGCCAAGGACGCAGCCAAAAGCCAGCCGAGCGGCAGGCAGCACCCUCCGGGCACCGACUGCAGCCGGACCUGCAAGUGCAAGGCGCCGCUGGUGCCCAUCUCCAAGGAGUCCCACCCGCUGUACAACCGCAUCCGGACCGGGCAGGUGCCCAACUGCGCCAUGCCUUGCUACCAGCCCUACUUCACCCAGGACGAGAAGACCUUCGCCACCUUCUGGAUCGGCCUCUGGUCCAUCCUUUGCUUCCUGUCCACCUCCACCACCGUGGCUACCUUUCUCAUUGACAUGGAACGUUUCAAGUACCCUGAGCGCCCCAUCAUCUUCCUGUCUGCGUGCUACCUCUUCGUCUCCGUGGGCUACAUUGUGCGGCUGGUAGCGGGACAUGCCAGUGUGGCUUGCGACCCCGAACACCACCACAUCCACUAUGAGACCACGGGCCCCGCACUCUGCACCGUGGUUUUUCUGCUUCUCUACUUCUUCGGCAUGGCCAGCUCCAUCUGGUGGGUCAUCCUGUCCCUCACCUGGUUCCUGGCAGCUGGCAUGAAGUGGGGCAACGAGGCUAUCGCGAGCUAUGCGCAGUACUUCCACCUGGCUGCCUGGCUCAUCCCUAGUGCUAAGUCCAUCACUGUGCUGGCGCUCAGCUCCGUGGAUGGGGACCCUGUGGCCGGGGUUUGCUACGUGGGCAACCAGAGCCUGGAGAAUCUGCGGGGCUUUGUACUGGCGCCGCUGGUCGUGUAUCUUUUCACUGGCAGUCUCUUCCUGCUGGCUGGCUUCGUCUCGCUGUUCCGCAUCCGCAGUGUGAUCAAGCAGGGCGGCACCAAGACUGACAAGCUGGAGAAGCUGAUGAUCCGCAUCGGUAUCUUCACCGUGCUCUACACCGUGCCCGCCACCAUCGUCAUUGCCUGCUACAUCUAUGAGCAGCACAACCGGGAGGCGUGGGAGCAGGCCCAGAACUGCUCCUGCCCAGGGGACCCCCACCGCCCCAAGCCCGACUACGCCGUCUUCAUGCUCAAGUACUUCAUGUGCCUCGUGGUGGGCAUCACCUCUGGUGUCUGGAUCUGGUCUGGCAAAACUCUCGAGUCGUGGCGGCGCUUCACGGCCCGCUGCUGCUGGCCAAGGAAGCCGGCGGGUGCCGCCGUGUACGGUGAGGCCAGCCCAGCACUGGUGGGCAGGACGGUGCUGCCCAGCAUGGCCUCCUACCACAAGCAGGUCCCGCUGUCCCAUGUGUGACCGGAGGGAGCCGCGGUGACCCCACCGUAGAGGGAGGAAAGGGUUGCAAAGACGCAGUGCUGCAGUGUAGGGAGCGGCGGCAGAGCCACCCCGCGACCCCAGCCCCACGGCAGAGCGGAGCGGCCCAGGACCGAGCGCAGCCCCAGGCAGGGCAGGAGAGGUGCCACCAGCAAUGUAGGGGCUGGGAGCCCAACACCACCGUGAGCUGGGACACACCACGAGGUGCUGCGUGGACUGCGUGGGUGGCAGCAGCCCCACAGCCUCUGGAUGGUUCGUGCUGUUGCCAGGACGAGGGGGAGAGCUUCGACAGGCAUGGCUGGUGGCAGCCCUGUCCCCAGUGAUCGCCAGCGCUAGAACUGAGCUGCUUGCCGGAGCUGGGGAGCAUGAGAGGAGUCAGGAGAGCAGGUCAGGGGCAUCCCGUGUGUCACCAGGCAGAGGGCUGGUGGCCCCGGCACAGGGCGUGGGCAGCAGGUUGGGCACAGGUCUGGGUGCCAGGCUGAGAGGCAGGGGGGGUGAGCUGCACGAGUGCUGUCAGUGCAGACAGGUGGGGCUCAAGAAAGUCCUGCUGCCAGCCCACACAGAGCUUGGCACACUGCUAAGAAGCUUGGGACCCAGAAGCCCCGUGCUUCCAGCAGGCGCAUGCCAGCUCCCUGGCAGGGCUGAUGCUCGGCACUAUUGGCUCUGGCACUUUGGGAAGGGGUUGGCAAUGCUCUGCGCUCCUGCGUUCAGCUGAAUUUAUGGCAUCUCCCCAGUGCUGUGCGGGCUGCCUGGGGCGAGGCAGGGAUCAUGGCUCAGCCUGGCAUGCAUGGUGCAUGUGUAUUUGCAGCAGGAGGUGUGUGUGGGGGGUCUGUGAGGCAGGCAGUAGCUGCAUGUGUUGGGAAGCAGCGGGGUCAGCCGCCAGCUGGCUCCAGUCCUCCUUGCUGCCUUUUUGGAAGCUGUGCCUGUCAGACAGCGCCAGGCUCGGGACCAAGCAGGUAAUUCAGGAAUAGUCAGCAGAACGCUCACACUUUCCCCUGCACCACAGCCGUCUUCUCUUCCCAGGGUUGGGCAGCAGCAGGGCACUGAAAGCGCGAGGCAUUAAGCUCCGGGGACAUCUGAGCCUCGGUCAGUAGGACAUGGGGGAUGCAUCAGCCCUGCUGAGUGGGGCAGGGGAGUGGCAGCAGGGAUGGGCUGCGGAGAUGCAGCGGCAGCCGGCUCCUGCCUGCUUGUGAAAGAACCUGGGGGUUUGGUCUGGUUUCCCCUGCCCUAAAUGGGGAUCACGUAUGUAACUUUGUGGAGAUGAUUAUAUGAGUCCUUUUGUCCCCCUCCAAGCAUGGCACCACGACCCAGCUGCGUUGCUCCCGUGGAACUACUGGGGCCCCAGGUUGUUCUCGACACCCUCAGACCACUUCAGUCAAGGAGGUUUCCACCCCUUUUAAAACCAAAGCCUGGGAAGCGAGGGACCCUUGGGUGGCACACCCGCUGAUACAGGUGGUGCCAGGACAUGGCGUGUGUGCAGAGCACUGCAGGGCCAGAGUGCUCCGUGGGACCCUCUCACAGCUGCAGGCACUGUUGCGACAGAGGUUGGCUCGCUUUGGUGUGUUGCAGUACUUCACCUUGGGCAGCAUUGCACCAUAUUCUGUUACAAAUUGUAAAUAGCUGUAUAUAGCUGUUUUGUACGUACAGGAGCUGGGGUGAACUUUGAUACGGGUUUCGGGCAGGUGUGUGCUCAGCGCGGGGCAGGUCAGGCGCGGCGCUAUGGGCACAUGCGUGUUGUAAUCCCGGGCAUUAAAUAGCUCCGACCUGAUCCAACCCACGCCUUGCUGGACUUGUCUCUUUCUAUAGUGCCUUCUGUAGAUACAGCUAAACACACCAUGCAAUACAAUGAACAAAACCAUGGCAAA